CCAAACAGCAAAUGGCAGGUGGUUGCCAGAAGAGAGAGAAUUACAUAUUAAUGCACUGGAACUCAAAGCCAUCCUUUUUUCCCUGAAAUAAUUUGAACAACAAAUUCAGGGGAAGAACACAAAAAUAUUUUGUGACAACACCACAGCAGUGAAUUAUGUUAAUGAAAUAGGUGGCAUAAAAUCUGAGAUCUGUAAUGAUAUCUGCAUUAACAUAUGGGAAUGGUGUGUAGAGCACAAAGCAUGGAUUAUAUGUUCUCACAUACCAGGUAAAGCAAACUUCUUGGCUGAUACAGCAUCUCGCAAAUUUAAUGAUAAACAUGAGUGGAAACUGGAUGAAAACAUUUUUUGGGAUAUAUGCAAAAUUUUUGGACUACCAAGCAUUGAUUUAUUUGCAUCCAGACUUAACAAACAGGUGAAAAGGUUUUGUUCAUGGAAACCCGACCCUGAAGCUGAACAUUUUGAUGCAUUCUCAAUAAACUGGGCACAGUUUGAGUCGAUUUACAUGUUUCCACUCUUUUCCUUGAUUGCCAGGUGUCUGCAGAAGGUGCGGGCAGAAAAGGCAAAAGGAUGGAUGGUUGUGCCACUACGGACAUCCCAGCCCUAGAUGGGAAUGUUAGUGAGAAUGCUCAUCAGGAAACCUCGCCUCAUAACGAGGAAGAACAUAUUAAGGCUGCCCCUGUCAUCAGAAGAGCAUCCCAUCAUGAAACACACAAUGUUAAUGGCCUAUCUACUGUCAGGGAAAGAAUGCGAGAGCAAGGAAUUUCUGAAGCAGGUACAGAACUCAUCAUGGCAUCCUGGAAACCAGGAACAGAAAAGCAACACAGACCGCAUCUUAAAAGAUGGACACAAUUUUGUAGUCAAUGGGAAGUUGAUCCCUUUACUCCCACUGUAGAACAAAUCAUCAAUUUCUUAUCUGAAACUUUUUGCAGAGAUGUCGGGUACGAGUGUAUCAACACUGCAAGGGCAGCUCUUUCCUCACUAGAGAUAGUAGUGGAUGGCCGCAGGGCAGGGGACCACCCUCUCGUUGUCAGGUUGCUAAAGGGAGUAUUCAAUCUACGCCCAGCUAAACCCAGGUAUAUUAAACUUGUAAUGUCAAGCCAGUUUUAGAAAAAUUAAGAGGCAUGAGCCCUUUACAUUCUCUUUCCUUGAAAGAUUUAUCUAACUUUGAAAUUAGUUAUGUUGUUGGCACUUACGCAAGCAGCCAGAGUGCAAACUCUACACUUGUUACUUUUAAAGGAUAUCAUCAUAGGCAAGAAUUUUAUAUGUAUGUGGU